UCUCGUGCAUAGUUAUCUCUCUCUCUACCCAUCUAUCUAACACAGAUAAUAUCUCUAUAUUAAUGUCUUACUCUUUCACAUAGAUUUAAGCGUGUAAUUUCCAGUCAGUUAAAUCUUCAAUCAGUUCUUGGGAAAACAAAAUAACUAGAGCGGGCAGUGUUUAGUAAGCAUAGCGCUGUUUUCCAAAGAAAAAAGAAAGUCUUUCACGUUCACCGACGAUAAUGGAUAUGGAUUCUUCUUCUGAGAACUGGCUUGGCUUCUCACUUUCCAAUAUCAACAGCAACAACAGUAACGCCAACAACAAUAGCAGCAUUAACUUGCCUUCUAAUAAUGCUUCAGAACUUUGCCUCUUCCAAGCUUUCAACUCCAACCCUAAUAGUGGAGUGGAAGAAAAUGGAAAAUGUACUGACGAGCUGAAGACCAUAGCCGCUAGUUUUCUACGUAGCUUUUCUGCUGAUCAGAAUAAUUCGCAGAAUAAGCAGUUGGCUGUGGUGGCGCUGCCGCCGGCUAAGAAGUCGGUCGAGACCUUUGGACAACGCACCUCUAUUUACAGAGGUGUUACUAGACAUAGAUGGACAGGAAGAUAUGAAGCUCAUUUGUGGGAUAAUAGUUGCAGAAGAGAAGGACAAAGUAGAAAAGGAAGGCAAGUUUACUUAGGUGGUUAUGAUAAAGAAGAGAAAGCAGCUAGAGCUUAUGAUCUUGCUGCUCUCAAGUAUUGGGGUCCGACCACCACCACUAACUCUCCGGUAUUGAACUAUGAGAAGGAGCUGGAAGAAAUGAAGAGCAUGACAAGGCAGGAAUUUGUUGCUUCUCUUAGAAGGAAAAGUAGUGGGUUUUCACGGGGAGCCUCCAUCUACAGAGGCGUCACAAGGCACCACCAACAUGGUAGAUGGCAAGCAAGAAUCGGAAGAGUGGCAGGAAACAAAGAUCUCUAUCUUGGAACCUUUAGCACCCAAGAGGAAGCAGCAGAGGCCUAUGACAUUGCUGCAAUCAAAUUCAGAGGACUAAACGCAGUGACGAAUUUUGACAUUAGCCGUUACGACGUUAAAAGUAUCGCCAGUAGCAAUCUCCCUGUUGGAGGGAUGAACAAUAAAUCAAAAACCUCAUCAGAAUCUGCUGCUUCUGAAAGUAGUAAAAAUGUCCAAGGAAACCGAUCAGACGAUCGAGAUAUUUCCUCUGCUACCUCUGCUCCAUUAAUUUCGUCUCAAGCUCCAAAUAUGGUCAACCUUGGUUUCGGAUUGCCCAUCAAGCAAGACGCUUCCGAUUUCUGGUCAAUCCUCGGAUACACUAAUGAUCAAAACAACGGUAGCAAAAACCCUAGUGCAAAUGCAACGUUCUUUCAUGGUCCGCCUAUUCAAGCACAAGGUACAACACUCUUCAGAAUGGAUCUCCCUGCUACUACAACCUCUCUGAAUGAAGUCAACAGUAAUCAAGUCAUAUUCAAUGAAGAAGGGUACUAUCACCAGCAGCAGCAAAGUGGUAGUUGUAGCACAAUAACUUCAGUUCCUAGUGACACUACUACUACUCUUGAUGGCUCCAAUUUUGGUAAUUGGAUGCCACCUUCUCUUCAUUCAUUCCAGACUACUGCAAAGAAUCCAUUUCAGACCCCAAUUUUUGGCAUGGAAUAAUGGAAAAUAUAAGUGGAGGGAAAAUGAAUGGACAAGAGAAGAGUUGAAGUGGUGUACUUUUCCCUCUGUGUUUUGAAUGGUUUUUUGUCACUUACCAAAGAAGUGGGUUGGUCAAAAAAGGUGGUAUUGGUGAAAUUUGCUUUUUUGCAUGGGUAAGAAAAGUGGGACGUACAAUCAUUUCACAGCAACUAAAGCAGAGAUGGCAGGGUGCUAACUGAAUCUUUUUGAUUAGUUGUUUAGUUCUUUAGUUCUUUACCUUUUUAUUUUUAGUUUUUUCUUUUUGCUUGUUUCACUGACAUGAGUUAUCUAUAACUAGAAAAUCCCUUUUGUACAUUCCCGUCAGCAACAAUUUCAUUUCAACCAAAUUUCUUCCCCCUCAUUCUCCCCUUUGGCGCGCCCGCUUAGUUUCCUUCUGAUGGGGGUAUGAAAUAUGAAAAUUGACCACAUGUAUUCUGUCUCAUUUUCUUCCGAA